AUGGGUCUCCUCCUGAGAUGUGAUGAAGCUGGCAACCCCCUGAAAGGUUUGGCGAAUGGCGAAGGAUCUGCAGAUAACAUCAAAGACAAGAAAGCCUUCAAGACUCCUUCAGGGGAUGUUGCCAGCUCAGUUCAGGAUUCAGGGACCCCCAUGCCUGGCUUUUCUGGCACUUCGGGAGUAGUGCCUACCUUGUCGACUCCCCCAGUAACAUCAGCCAGUUUGCCAGAUGCUCCGAAAAGCAGUAGCAGGACGAAGACAUGCCAGGUGCCUGGGUGUUUCUUGGCUGAGCUGUCCAGUUCCACAUCAGAUUACGUGAAGUUUUUUCAGCUGAAGAAGGAGGAAUUGACUUGGAAGCUCUAUCGUUUAUAUAACACCACAAUCUUUGGGGAAAAGUUACCAGAGAAGAUCACCAUAAAUUGGAAUAAAAAGAUGCGUACAACAGCAGGCUACUGCCAUUUUUCAGCCAAGGACGAUGGUCGUGCUAUCCGAAUUGAGCUUUCAGAAAAAGUCUGUGAUUCUGCAGACCGGCUCCGGGACACACUGCUCCAUGAAUUAUGCCAUGGGGCUACUUGGAUGUUUCAUGGCGUCAGAGAUUGUCACGGUCCCUUUUGGAGGGUCUAUGCCCGAAAAUCUGGGUUGGUGCACCCAGAACUACCUCGGGUCAAACGCUGUCACACUUAUGAGAUUCAUUAUAAAUUUGUCUAUGAAUGUUCUCGGUGCAAAGCCAGGGUUGGCCGCCACUCCAAUUCAGUGGAUACUCGUCGUGAUGUCUGCUCUCGGUGCCAUGGGUCUCUGUCACUACUCCCACCCGCCCAGAGAGUUGGCAUUCCCGGGCAGACUAGGAUCACUACAGUUGUCACACAUAUGAGAACAAGCCGCCCUUCUGCUGAGAGUGGGGAAAGGGUUCAGUCCCAACACACAGAAGCGACAUCAAAUACAGAUGCUGAGGCCCAGUAGGUUAGGUGGCUGGGGGUCAGGAUUGCUGUUUCUAGCAAAUUUAGUUAGGGAGCAUUAGCUGGAAAAGUAACGUUGAACUGUUUGCAAUUUUUUUCAUGUGUUUGAUGUAAAAUGUAGUGCUGUUUUAGAAUCCUGUGCAUUGAAGUAGCAAUUUUCUGCCUGGCCACGUAACAACAGGAUUGUGGCAAGGAAGACAAAACGGAGGCAUUUUAGCUGCAGAUUUUAAAUGUGGAUUUUAGCCAGGAUUAGUUUAUCGAAUUACUUUUUUUCUCACAGAGAAAAACUAAGC